AUGCAGCUAAGCAGCAGCAAGCUGCGUGUGCGGCCCAGGAGCAGCUGCAUCGCGGCUCGCCUGCACUGUAGCUCCAACCUCUACUGCGCGACGCGUCCGGCUCCGCCCGCGUACCUCGAGUUGCCGGCUCCACCGUUUCCUCAGCAGCAAGCGCUACACCUGCCGGCUGCGCCCAGCGCAUCGACCUGCACCAACAGCAGCGGGGCCCGCAUACCAUGCACCCUGCGUCCACCUGCGGUAGUCCGGUUUCCGCUGCGCCCAGCGCGCCCUCCGGCUGCGUCCGCCGCUGCCACCUCCGGCUGCUACGGCCUCCGUGGCCGUCUCCAGCUGCCGCCACACCCAGCACGCCCUCCGGCUGCGUCCGCCACGGCGCCACGGCCACCUCCGGCUUCGCCCGCCACGGCCUUCUACGGCUGCGCGGUAACGGCUGCGCCCGACCACGCCCCGUUCGGCUCGGCUUCGACACGCCUCCACCGCGUCCCGCACACCCUGCCGGCUCGCCCCUGCGUAAACAUUGUCCGGCUGCGCCCCAUGCACGCCACGGCCGGCUCCCCCGACCUCCGGCCGCUGCGCCUCGUGCACGUCGCCACGCAGCGACCAUCUCCGGCUUCCGCCGCGCCCAGCGCGCCCCCGGCUGCACCCACCUCGCUUGCGCCGCUCCCGCCUUCCGCACGACGCAGCGCCACGGCCACCUGGCUGCCAUAA